GUGUUACCGUCAGGAGCAAUGACAUCAGGAUUUUAAAACAACUUGUUAUUCGGGGAGUAAUCAGUUGCAAUUAGGCAUUAAUUAAGUAUUAUGAAAGUUGAUUAUUUAAGUGAAUUCGGCUUUCGACUCUCCGACUAUGAGUUUGGGACCAAGGAGCGGAGAAUGGAUCUUGGAACAGCUGAAGGCACCCGGUGCACUGACCCACCCGCAGGCAAGCCUCCAAUGGCAGCCAAGCGCAAAGGCGGCCUGAAGCUCAACGCCAUCUGUGCCAAGCUGAGCCGCCAGGUGGUGGUAGAGAAGGGAGCAGAGGCUAGCUCUCAGGCUGAGGGAAACCUGCUGAGGCCCCAGGAGAAAGAACGUGGUGGCCCUGAGUGUGGGGUGACCCGGCCCCCCCGUAGCGAAGAAGACAAGAGGAGAGCCGUGAUCGAGAAGUGGGUCAACGGGGAAUACAGCGAGGAGCCUGUGGCCACACCUGUGUUGGGGCGCAUUGCCCGUGAGGGCUUGGAGCUGCCCCCAGAGGGCGUCUACAUGGUCCAGCCACAGGCCUGCAGCGAUGAGGAAGACCAUGCAGAAGAGCCCUCCAAGGAUAGCAGCGUCUUAGAGGAGAAGGACUCAGAUGGCAUAACCUCAAAGGAUGACAGUGGCCCCAGUGCCAAGCAAGCUUCAGGAGAGGCCUCCUCACUACGGGACUAUGCGGCCUCCACCAUGACCGAGUUCCUUGGCAUGUUUGGCUAUGACGACCAGAACACAAGGGACGAGCUGGCCAGGAAGAUCAGCUUUGAGAAGCUGCAUGCAGGCUCUACCCCCGAGGCAGUUACCUCCUCCAUGUUGCCCACCUCUGAGGACACCCUCAGCAAGCGGGCACGUUUCUCCAAGUAUGAGGAAUAUAUCCGAAAGCUCAAGGCUGGCGAGCAGCUCUCGUGGCCAGCCCAUGGCAGCAAGGCUGAGGACCGGGCUGGCAAGGAGGUGGUAGGCCCCUUGCCUGGGCUGCGGCUGCCCAGCAAUACCACCCACCUGGAGACCAAGGCCACCAUCUUGCCCUUGCCAUCACACAGCAGCGUUCAGAUGCAGAACCUGGUGGCCCGGGCUUCCAAGUAUGACUUCUUCAUCCAGAAACUAAAGACGGGUGAGAACCUGAGGCCUCAGAACGGGAGCACCUACAAGAAGCCAUCCAAGUAUGAUCUGGAGAAUGUCAAGUACCUGCACCUCUUCAAACCUGGGGAGGGCAGCCCCGACAUGGGCGGGGCCAUUGCCUUCAAGACCGGCAAGGUGGGGCGUCCCUCCAAAUACGACGUCCGAGGCAUCCAGAAGCCAGGCCCCGCCAAGGUUCCGCCAACCCCCAACCUGGCUCCUGCACCCCUUGCCAGUGUGCCCAGUGCUUCCAGUGCUCCUGGGCCAGGGCCUGAGCCACCUGCCUCCCUGUCCUUCAACACUCCGGAGUACCUGAAGUCAACCUUCUCCAAAACAGACUCCAUCACCACAGGGACCGUCUCUACUGUCAAGAACGGAUUGCCCACAGAUAAACCAGCUGUCACCGAAGAUGUAAACAUUUACCAGAAAUAUAUUGCCAGGUUCUCAGGCAGUCAACACUGUGGCCAUAUCCAUUGUGCCUACCAAUACCGCGAGCACUACCACUGUCUGGACCCUGAGUGCAACUACCAGAGGUUCACGAGCAAGCAGGACGUGAUCCGGCAUUACAACAUGCACAAGAAGCGCGACAACUCACUGCAGCACGGCUUCAUGCGCUUCAGCCCGCUGGAUGACUGCAGCGUCUACUACCAUGGCUGCCACCUCAACGGGAAGAGCACCCACUACCACUGCAUGCAGGUGGGCUGUAACAAGGUGUACACGAGCACCUCAGACGUGAUGACCCACGAGAACUUCCAUAAGAAGAACACCCAGCUCAUCAAUGAUGGUUUUCAGCGCUUCCGGGCCACCGAGGAUUGUGGAACAGCAGAUUGCCAGUUCUAUGGGCAGAAGACCACACACUUCCACUGCAGGCGCCCUGGCUGCACAUUCACCUUCAAGAACAAGUGUGACAUCGAGAAGCACAAGAGCUACCACAUCAAAGACGAUGCCUAUGCCAAGGACGGCUUCAAGAAGUUCUACAAGUACGAGGAGUGCAAGUACGAGGGCUGUGUGUACAGCAAGGCCACCAACCACUUCCACUGUAUCCGUGCUGGCUGCGGCUUCACCUUCACCUCCACCAGCCAGAUGACCUCACACAAGCGCAAGCAUGAGCGCCGGCACAUCCGUUCCUCAGGCGCACUGGGGCUGCCGGCCUCGCUGCUGGGUGCCAAGGACACAGAACACGAGGAGUCCAGCAAUGACGACCUGGUCGACUUCUCUGCCCUGAGCAGCAAGAACUCCAGCCUGAGCGCCUCUCCCACCAGCCAGCAGUCCUCCGCAUCCCUGGCCGCCGCAGCUGCUGCCACCACCACUGAGGCUAUUCCCAGUGUCACCAAGCCUCCCAACAGCAAGAUGGCAGGCCUACUCCCCCAGGGCUUGUCUGGUUCCAUCCCUCUAGCACUGGCCCUCUCCAACUCUGGCCUACCCACCACUGCACCCUACUUCCCCCUCCUUCCUGGCCGUGGGAGCACCUCCCUGCCUGUGGGGGCCCCCGGUCUGCUAGGUGCCAUGUCGUCCGGGGCUACAACAAUGGCAACCCCUGACACACCAGCUCUAGUGGCCUCGGGAGCUGGAGACUCAGCCCCCACAGCUGCCACCUCCAUCCCAGUGCCCCCUGCCUCCAUCAUGGAGAGGAUCACUGCGAGCAAAGGCCUCAUCUCACCCAUGAUGGCCAGACUGGCUGCGGCUGCCCUCAAGCCCUCUGCCACCUUUGACCCAGGAAGCGGGCAGCAGGCCGCUCCCGCCAGGUUCCCCCAGGCCCAAGUGAAGCAGGAGCCCGGUGAGAGUGCUGGCACCCCAGGCCCCCAGGAGGCCUGCCAAGACCGCAGUGUAGACCUGACUGUGAAGGAGCCCAGUAAUGAAUCAAAUGGCCAUGCAGUCCCGGCAAAUUCAUCUCUUUUAUCCUCGCUUAUGAAUAAGAUGUCUCAGGGCAACCCCGGCCUCGGCAGCUUGCUAAACAUCAAGACAGAAAUGGAGGGGAGUCCCGCUGUGGAGUCCUCACCCUUCCUGGGCAAGGCGGUGAAGGCACUGGUUCAGGAGAAGCUGUCAGAGCCCUGGAAAGUGUACCUCCGCAGGUUUGGUACCAAGGACUUCUGUGAUGCCCAGUGCGACUUCCUCCACAAGGCCCACUUCCACUGUGUGGUAGAGGAGUGCGGCGCGCUUUUCAGCACCCUGGACGGGGCCAUCAAGCAUGCAAACUUCCACUUCCGGACAGAGGGAGGAACAGCAAAAGGAACCCCAGAGGCAUCCUUCCCAGCCUCUGCUGCCGAGACCAAACCUCCCUUGGCACCCUCACCCCCUCCAGUACCUCCUGGCACCACAGUCCCAGGGGCCUCUCUGGAGGGACCCAUUCCCAGCCCAGCCUCUGUGCCCUCCACCCCCACCCUGCUCGCCUGGAAGCAGCUGGCUUCCACCAUACCCCAGAUGCCUCAGAUUCCCUCGUCAGUGCCUCACCUGCCCGCUUCGCCCCUGGCGACGACGUCUCUAGAGAGCGCCAAGCCUCAGGUCAAACCCGGGUUCCUCCAGUUCCAGGACAACGAUCCUUGCCUGGCGACGGACUGCAAGUAUGCCAACAAGUUCCACUUCCACUGUCUCUUCGGGAACUGCAAGUACGUCUGCAAGACUUCUGGCAAGGCCGAGUCCCACUGCUUGGACCACAUCAACCCCAACAAUAGCCUGGUGAACGUGCGAGACCAGUUUGCUUACUACUCCCUGCAGUGUCUGUGCCCCAACCAGCACUGUGAGUUCCGGAUGCGUGGACACUACCACUGCCUUCGGACUGGCUGCUAUUUCGUGACCAAUAUCACCACCAAGCUGCCGUGGCACAUAAAGAAGCAUGAGAAAGCUGAGCGGCGGGCAGCCAACGGAUUCAAAUACUUCACCAAGCGCGAGGAGUGCGGCAGGCUAGGCUGCAAGUACAACCAGGUGAACAGCCACUUCCACUGCAUCCGGGAAGGCUGCCAGUUCUCCUUCCUCCUCAAGCAUCAGAUGACCUCCCACGCCCGGAAGCACAUGCGGAGGAUGCUGGGAAAGAACUUUGAUCGAGUGCCCCCGUCCCAGGGUCCCCCAAGCAUGAUGGAUGCUGAGACGGAUGAGGGCAUGGACUACACAGGCUGCAGCCCCGGGGCCGCCUCCUCUGAGUCCUCCACCAUGGACCGCAGCUGCUCCAGCACCCCCGUGGGCAACGAGAGCACCGCGGCAGGGAACACCAUCUCCAUGCCCACAGCCUCAGGGGCCAAAAAGCGCUUCUGGAUCAUCGAGGACAUGUCGCCCUUUGGCAAGCGGAGGAAGACUGCCUCCUCUCGCAAGAUGCUGGACGAGGGCAUGAUGCUGGAGGGCUUCCGGCGCUUCGACCUCUACGAGGACUGUAAGGACACGGCCUGCCAGUUCUCUCUGAAGGUCACCCACUACCACUGCACGCGGGAGAACUGCGGCUACAAGUUCUGCGGGCGCACGCACAUGUACAAGCACGCGCAGCACCACGACCGCGUGGACAACCUGGUGCUGGACGACUUCAAGCGCUUCAAGGCGUCGCUCAGCUGCCACUUCGCCGACUGCCCCUUCUCGGGCACCAGCACGCACUUCCACUGCCUCCGCUGCCGCUUCCGCUGCACCGACAGCACCAAGGUCACGGCGCACCGCAAGCACCACGGCAAGCAGGACGUGAUCAGCGCCGCGGGCUUCUGCCAGUUCAGCUCGAGCGCCGACUGCGGCGUGCCCGACUGCAAGUACAAGCUCAAGUGCUCGCACUUCCACUGCACCUACCCGGGCUGCCGCCACACGGUCGUGGGCAUGUCGCAGAUGGACUCGCACAAGCGCAAGCACGAGAAGCAGGAGCGCGGGGAGCCUCCUGCCGCCUCGCCCGGCGCGCCCGUCAGCCUGGACGGCUCGCUCACCGCUGGCUCGGAGCCCGGGGGCUCGCUGCUCUUCCUGCAGACGGCCGCCGCCGGCCUGGGCCUGCUCGGCGACGCGGGGGACCCCGGGCCGCCCGCCGCCACCCCCGGGCCGCCGCGCGAGGGCCCCCGCCGCGCCCGCACCGCCAGCGCCUCCGCGGGCGCCGGGGAGUCGUCGCAGGAGGACGACGAGGAGGAGCUGGAGCUGCCGGAGGAGGAGGCCGAGGAGGAGGAGGACGACGACGACGACGACGAGGAGGACGACGACGAGGAGGAGGACGAUGAGGACGACGACGACGAGGACCUGCGCACCGACUCAGAGGAGUCGCUGCCCGAGGCGGCGGCGAGCGAGGCGGGCGCGCGGACCCCGGCGCUGGCGGCCCUGGGAGGCCCCGGCCCCGCGCCCGCCGCCGCCGCCGCCUCGUCGCCCUAA